AUGAAUAGAUUAAAAACACUAGUCAGCUUUCCACAAAGAGGGGAAGCUAGUGUCUAUCAGGUGGCUCCUGGGAGCGAUGCAUCCAGUGGCACCUUAGAGGCCUCUUCGGUGGAGCUGACAGGGUCUGAGAAGCCAGACUCAAACUCCAAAGUUGUCCCAGGUCUGCAGGGCAACCCCACAGUGCUGGGCAUGGUGCUGGAGGCUUGGUGUCACCUGGGGGCCUCCUCAUCUGGUAGCAUCAAAUUCAUUUCCAAGAAAAAGAAGACAAUAGAGUGCAGAAAGAUGGCCACCAGGAAAUCUGGUGAAGUCCAGAAGAGUCCCAAGGACCGCAGCAAGGCAAAGAAGGACACCCCCACCCCACACAACCCAACGCAGAAAAGAAAACAGCUACAGGCCCCUAGAAAGGCAGCCUCAGAGGCGGGGGAAGAGCCAGAAGCCGAGGCUGCAGCUCAGUCCAAGGACAGAGGCAACAGUGGGUCCAGGACAGCCCCUGUGUCCCUGGCUAUGAAGACUGGGGCACCCGAGAGCCCAAGAAGGCCUGAGCUGCCUGCCAAGGCUUCAUUAUGUAAGGUGUCCCUCAGGAAGGCAAAGCCUGAGAACUCAAAUCUGGGGUAA